GAGAGACAAUUUAUGGUUUCGGAGCUUGAGCCACGUACUCGUAUAUAACGUAUCUCUCAUUUCAACUUCUCUGAUUCAUGAACUUCCAUUAAUGCCCUCCAAAUUUUCUUCGCCAUUUUUGCCACGGAGCUCGAGGUUUAAUUACUUACAAUAACGCUCCCAAAUCUUUGUUCUCUUCCUCUGUCUUUCUUCAGCACGACUCCUCUGCUUUUCUCUCUGGCUUUCUCGGAUGCAACUACGAGUAAACAAUCCAAUCCCUCUUUUUAUUCUUGACGUACACCGAACUCGCAUGCUUUCUUGAGAUCCCAUUCUUUCUCGUUGUCUUUUUAAAUCCCUUCUAAGACCACCCUUUCACAUGAUUGCUUUUUCCCUCCAUCGUCCUCUACCCGACUCUGGCAUUACCGCAUUGGGGAGAUACUGAUCUCUCUCUCUCGUUUAAUAAUGGAGAUUUCUUACUGGGCUUUGGUUUUUUCUCUUCUUCUAUGCUUUCUCGCAUCUGGGUCUCUCUCUAUUGAGAAUUUUCACCAAGCCUUUCCUAUUGUGGAACCUGAUCCUGGUCAUACAAAACUUCGGCUUUCGAGGGAAGGACUGGAAGUCAUCAGUAGAAUAAGAACCCCAAUUGCAGCUGUUGCAGUAAUUGGCCCAUACCGCUCUGGGAAAUCUUUUCUACUUAAUCAGCUUCUUUCACUUUCUUGUUAUGAAGGGUUUGGUGUUGGACACAUGCGUGACACAAAGACAAAAGGAAUUUGGGUUUGGGGAACACCAUUAGUAUUGGAUAUUGACGGUGUGAAAACUUCUGUGUUUUACCUUGACACUGAGGGAUUUGAAAGUAUUGGGAAGUCAAAUGUAUAUGAUGAUCGGAUUUUUGCGCUGGCAACUGUCAUGAGUUCUGUACUUAUAUACAAUCUGCCUGAGACAAUACGUGAAGCAGACAUAUCUCGGCUGUCAUUCGCUGUUGAACUUGCUGAGGAAUUCUAUGGAAGAGUGAAGGGGCAAGAUGUUGCAUUUGAACCUUCAAAACUUUUGUGGCUUAUCCAGCGUGAUUUUCUUCAAGGGAAAUCUGUGCAAGAAAUGGUGAAUGAAGCUCUUAGACAUGUCCCUAACACUGACAGGGAUAAAAAUAUUGAUCAGGUUAACCAGAUUCGGGACUCCUUGGCUAUAAUGGGUGACAACAGUACAGCCUUUAGUUUGCCGCAACCUCAUCUCAUGAGAACAAAGCUUUGUGAUAUGAAGGAUGAUGAACUUGAUUCUGUAUAUGUUAAGAAAAGAGAACAAUUGAAAAAGCUUGUUGCCAGUGUUAUUCGCCCAAAGAUUGUGCAAGGAAAAACUCUUAAUGGAAAGGAGUUUGUAUCUUUCCUGGAGCAGAUACUUGAAGCCUUAAAUAAGGGGGAGAUCCCAUCAACAGGUUCUCUUGUGGAGGUUUUUAAUAAGGAUAUUCUCGAGCGAUGUUUGAAACUAUAUAGUGAGAAAAUGGCAAAAUUAGUUUUACCUAUGCCAGAGAAAUCCCUUCAAGAUGUCCACAGGAGUUCCCGGGAGGAAGCAAUAAAAGCAUUUGAUGAACAACAUUUCGGUCGUCAUCAUGCUAAGAGGUCUGCCAUGCAGCUUGAUGAAGAAAUCCAGGAGGUGUUCAAGAAUGUCAUAAUGGCAAAUGAAUAUCAGUCCUCAAAACUUUGCGAGGCUCUGUAUACCACAUGUGAGGACAAAAUGGACCAACUACAGGUUCUCAGGCUUCCUUCUAUGGCAAAAUUCAAUGCAGGUUUCAUGCAGUGUAACCAGAGUUUUGAGCGGGAAUGUGUUGGUCCUUCAAAACAAAACUACGAGCAACGCCUGACAAAGGUUAUUGCUAAAUUUUUUUUUCUCAUUUAUUUUCUUUAUCUCUUCAAUUGGUUGGUGGCUUUCUCCCUCGUCAUGGUGGUGGUGGGCCGAUUUAUUAUAAAGUUUAUUUUGAUUGAAAUGGCAGCAUGGAUACUUUUCAUCUUUCUAGAGACCUACACAAGGAUGUUCUGGUCAGCAGAAUCUCUUUAUUACAACCCAGUUUGGCAUUUCGUUGUCGCCACUUGGGAAACCCUCGUUUACAGCCCAAUCCUUGACUUGGACAGAUGGGCUAUUCCUCUUGGUUGUAUAGCGGCUAUAGGCAUCUUUUACUGGCGGUGCUAUGGUCGUAGGAAACACGGAUCGCGGUGGCUUUUGCCGGUGUACAGCAACCAUAGGAGUGGCUCAAAUCGGCCACGAUCAGAGUGAUUCUGUGAUGAAGCGAUUUGUUAUGCUACUUUCAUCGGGGGGAGCUUUUCGUUUUUGUUGAUUGAAGCCCAACCCAAGUCAAUUUUUUCGUCUCGCUAGAUGGUAACAGAAACCGAAACUUAUGGAGAGAGGAAGAUGGUGUUUCGAUCAGCUGCUAAUAUAGUAGUAUCUGCAACUGUACCAUUUACACACAUUAUUUUGUAUUAGUAUUAAUCUCAUGUUCUGACUAAUUCAUAGUCUUUCUGUACAUUUUAUCUAUAUACAUACUCCACUUAUUGACAUUCAUGUAAUUCCUUACCAAAUUUGGAAAAGAAGAAGAAUGAAAAAUCUCUAAGUCUCCUUUCUUGCUU